AUGAGUUCAAUCAUUGAUGGAGGUUAUUCAUGUCGUCCACAGGAAAAGAAUUCUAACAAUUCACAAAAGCGCGAAAAAAGUCUGAAAAGCAUUGGGUCACUUAAACAAAAAAGACCAAGUGAAGUGCAGCAUCUAGUGAAAGUUAGUUGUUACCACGGUUGCCAAUGUGGGCUCCCUGCUAAUUGGGUGAAAAUAAAUGUGCGAGAAACUAAAGAUUGCUUUGAAGUGUAUGCCCUAGUUCCAGGGCUUCUAUGGGAAGAGGUACAAGUCCAAUCUGAUCCAGCUGGACGUCUAGUCAUCACGGGUCAACCUGAGCAACUUGACAACCCGUGGGGCAUUGUUGCUUUCAAAAAGGUGAUUAGCCUACCAUCAAGAAUUGAUCUGCUUUGUACAUCAACAAUUAUGAGCUUACAUGGACGUCUGUUGGUUGUUGUGCCUUUUGAGCAGUCAAACAUCUGA